CUUUUGCAAACCCCGCACUUUUAUCUGAAUAUUACUACUUUGACGACCUUUAUAUGGCCCUCACAGUUACCAGCAUUAACGGUAUUAUCGGCGCAGAUACAUUGUCAAGAAUUCUGCAGAUCUUGUGCGAUGGGCUCUUAGACCGAGGGUUGUGUCUAAACCCGCUGCUGUCCCGAGUGGCAUUUGUUGCUGCUGAGACACAAAAGUGCUAUACACAUAUGGGUGGUACUGCGCACCCAAGCCAUGUUCAGGUUUCUGGUCUAGGAAAACAUAGUUGGUCGUCCAAUAUCCCUUACAUACUGCACAACACCAUGGCCGAGUGCACAGUAGAGCUCAGAAUUAUCGGCGACAGCUGCUCACCAGUAUCAAGUGUGCUUGGGAUUCUGGAGCAGACUGGAUUUAGCAGAGGCAGGUGGGAAAAUUUGCAUGCGCUGACGUUCAUGGGGUCGUUCUACGACAGCCCAGACAUGCAGAUCAGAUCUGAGGAACCGAUCUGUGAAUACAUAACCAAAGUCGCAAGCGGUAUCACCGAGAUUGAUUUUGGAGACAGUACUGGGAACGACCUGUUCGUUGGCCUGCGUGAGCUGGUUCAGCAGUCCUACGCACCGAAACUGCACUCUCUUUCGCUGCAUAGCUGGUCCCCUAUCCAGAGCAUCACUGCUUUCUCCAAAAGCCUAUCUAAAAUUGAUGUCGAUUCGCUCAUAUUAAACUAUGCACCCCGACAGCCCCUGUUUCCAUCAAGCCAGCUAACAUAUCUAAAGAUCCGAAACUUUAACCGGGAUCCUGUCUGGGAUUACUUUGAUGCCGAUGCCCAGGGUGCCAUACACUUCACGAAUCUGAGGAAACUCGAUAUCCAAUAUGAGGACGGCACACCCAAGAAGCAGCUCGUUUCUGUGGAUGGUUUAAAUAUUCAGUUUCCUAGCCUCAUGGUCCUGCGCGUGGAGAACUCGGCAAAGUUGUUCCAAAACUCCCCUAUUAGGAUUUUGCAGUGCAUCGACGGGCCCGUGCAGCUAGGCUCCAUCGAUCCUCAGGUAAUCCGGUCGGCCGACAGAAUCAGCAUGGUUGUCACCAAGAAUGGCGCUGGCAUCGCUAGUGAUGCCUUCCAGCGGGUUGUGUCGGUGAGGUCGCCAAUCUCUGUAGCACGACUAAGUAUUAAUGCGGUCAUGGAGUGGCCGAAUCUUCGGUAUCUGUUCUUGACACUCGACCGGAUCCGGCUUGUUGAGUUCCAAGCGUUGCUGGCCAGACUUCCACGGCUGUGGCACCUUGGCCUAUGGUGCGAGUCGCGGCGGCCGUUUGCCUACAGGUCCACAUUCUUGAAUGCGUCGAUAACAGCGCGGUCGAAGAUGUUCAGCAGCAGCAUCCAGGAGCUCACGCUCGGUGACUAUAUGCUGCUGGAGCGGUUUGCGCAAAGGUUGCCCUCCAAAGAGAACCUUCCCAUGGUCGUGGUUGAGUGUUUGGAGCAUUAUGAUGAGUGCAUAGAGUGCUAAUAAAUGCUCGUUCAGCCAUGCCAAAUAGGUGUAUAUGAAUGCAUGUGCAGAUGCUAACAUGGCGGUUGCUCAUAAGGGGCUGCAGGCUGUUGUGCAAGUGGUGGGUUGCUGGCAAAAGUAGGCGUGGUUCUUGAAGAUUCCUGGUAUCAAGAGUGUCGAGGAUUCCAAUCAAAGGAUUGGUGGUGCCACUGACAAGUCCCACGAAAAUGGCCACUCAGCAUUGCCUGCAAAAAGCUACUGGCAAUAGUUCUUUGCUGCCAAUGGCGAAUUUGGAAAAUGUGUCCAUUAUGUUGGCGUUCGGUCCAGUGUCCAAAUAGGACCCCCUGCCAAAGACACCAAAACGGAUGUGAUGAGACAAUUCCACAAGUAAA